GUUCAGACUCCAUGUUGAGUGGACAGAGCAGAAGGAGGUAAACUGAAGGCUGAGGCAGGACUGACUUCAGAUCAGAAGAUGAGUAAUUGUGUGGAGGAAGAGGAGGACAGAGCAGAGUCUCUAGUCUCCGGCUGUCUGUCUAUGAAGAGUGACAUGUCCAAAGGUCUUCCUCUGAACUUCAGUAAUGAACCUGGACCCUCAGACACAAAAGUUCAGUACAGACAGAGAGCAGAGUCUCCAGUAUCCAGCUGUCUGUCUAUGAAGAGUGAUUGGUCCAAUGAUCUUCCUCCAGACUUCAGUAAUGAACCUGGACCCUCAGACACAAAAGAGAAGAAGAGGAGUCAUGUUUCUGAGGAGGAGCUGCUGUCCAGAUCCAGAACAAGAGCUGGACUGCAGACAGCCAGUCAGACCAGCUCUGUACAAACAGAUAGAGGUCUGCAGGAGGUUCUAGAUGAACAUAAGAUCAGUCUGAGGAGGAGAUGUGAACGUGUGACUGAAGGAAGUGAUGAAACAGGAAGUGGAACCCCUCUCAACAGGAUCUACACUGAGCUCUACAUCACAGAGGGACAGAGUGAAGAGGUUAAUACCCAACAUGAGGUGAGGCAGCUUGAGUCAGCUUCCAAGAAGAAGACCCUCCAUGACACUCCAAUCAAGUACCACGACAUCUUUAAAGCCUCACCAGACCAACAGAGACGCAUCAGAGUCGUUCUGACCAACGGCGUCGCCGGCGUUGGAAAAACCUUCUCAGUGCAGAAGUUCACUCUGGACUGGGCAGAGGGUUUGGAAAACCAAGAUGUCAGUCUGGUGAUUCUGCUUUCGUUCAGGGAGCUGAACUUGAUCAAAGAUGAGCAGUACAGUCUUCUGAAGCUGCUCCAUGUUUUCCAUCCAACAUUACAGAAGGUCACAGCAGAGAAGCUCUCUGUCUGUAAACUUCUGUUCAUCUUUGAUGGUCUGGAUGAAAGCAGACUUUCAUUGGAUUUCCACAACAACAAGGUCGUGUCUGAUGUCACACAGAAGACAUCAGUCAACGUGCUGCUGACAAACCUCAUCGAGGGGAAUCUGCUUCCCUCGGCUCUCGUCUGGAUAACUUCCAGACCUGCAGCAGCCAAUCAGAUCCCUCCUACACGUGUUGACAGGGUAACAGAAGUACGAGGCUUCACGGACCCCCAGAAGGAGGAGUACUUCAGGAGGAGAUUCAGUGAUGAAGAGCUGUCCAGCAGAAUCAUCUCACACAUCAAGACAUCCAGGAGCCUCCACAUCAUGUGUCUAAUCCCAGUCUUCUGCUGGAUCACUGCUACAGUUCUGGACCACAUGUGGACUACAGACCAGAGAGGAGAGCUGCCCAAGACCCUGACUGACAUGUACUCACACUUCCUGCUGGUCCAGACAAAGAGGAAGAAGCAGAAGUACCAUGAGGGACACAAGACGAGUCCACAGGAGCUGAUGGAGGCUGACAGGGAAGUUCUUCUGAAGCUGGGGAGGCUGGCGUUUGAACAUCUGGAGAAAGGAAACAUCAUGUUCUACCAAGAAGACCUGGAGCAGUGUGGUCUUGAUGUCACAGAGGCCUCGGUGUACUCAGGAGUUUGUACAGAGAUCUUCAAAAGAGAGAGUGUGAUCUUCCAGAAAACAGUCUACUGCUUUGUUCAUCUGAGUGUUCAAGAGUUUCUGGCUGCCGUCUACAUGUUCCACUGUUUCACAAACAGGAACACAGAGGUACUGAAGGACUUCAUGGGGGAAGACUGGAAAAAUGAACAUCCCUGGAACAUCAAAGCCUUUCUUCUUGAGAAGAUGUUUUUUGGAAUCAAUAAAAGCCCUGAACCAUCUCUGGAGGACUUCCUGAAGAGAGCCAUGGAGAAAUCCCUUCAAAGUAAAAAUGGCCACCUGGACCUGUUUGUCCGCUUCCUUCAUGGCCUCUCUCUGGAGUCCAACCAGAGACUCUUAGGAGGCCUGCUGGGUCAGACAGACAACAGUCCAGAAAUCAUCCAGAGAGCCAUCAACAACCUGAAGGAGAUGAACAGUGAUGAAAUCUCUCCUGACAGAAGCAUCAACAUCUUCCACUGUCUGAUGGAGAUGAACGACCUCUCAGUACAUCAGGAGAUCCAAGAGUUCCUGAAGUCAGAGAACAGAUCAGAGAAGAAACUCUCAGAGAUCCACUGCUCAGCUCUGGCCUACAUGCUGCAGAUGUCAGAGGAGGUUCUGGAUGAGUUGGACCUGAAGAAGUACAACACAUCAGAGGAGGGACGAUGGAGACUGAUUCCAGCUGUGAGGAACUGCAGAAAGGCUCAACUUUCUGGCUGUGGACUCUCAGAGACUCACUGUGAAGUCGUGGCCUCAGCUCUGAAGUCCAACCCCUCCCAUCUGAGAGAGCUCGACCUGAGUAACAACAACCUGCAGGAUUCAGGAGUGAAGCUGCUGUCUGCUGGACUGGAGAGUCCACACUGUAGACUGGAGACUCUGAGACUGAGUGACUGUAACCUCUCAGAGAGAAGCUGUGAAGCUCUGUCCUCAGUCCUCAGCUCCCAGUCCUCUAGUCUGAGAGAGCUGGACCUGAGUAACAACGACCUGCAGGAUUCAGGAGUGAAGCUGCUGUCUGCUGGACUCGAGAGUCCACACUGUAAACUGGAAACUCUCAGGCUGUCAGGCUGUCUGAUCACAGAGGAAGGCUGUGCUUCUCUGGACUCAGCUCUGAGCUCCAACCCCUCCCAUCUGAGAGAGCUGGACCUGAGCUACAAUCAUCCAGGAGACUCAGGAGUGAAGCUGCUGUCUGCUGUACUGGAGGAUCCACACUGGAGACUGGAAACUCUCAGGGUGGAGCCUGCUGGAGUCCGAUGGUUCAGACCAGGUCUGAGGAAGUAUUCCUGUGAACUCACACUCGACACAAACACAGUGAACAGAAACCUCAAACUGUCUGACAACAACAGGAAGGUGACACAUGUGGAGGAGGAUCAGUCAUAUCCUGAUCAUCCAGACAGAUUUGACCACUGGAAGCAGCUGCUGUGUAGAACUGGUCUGACUGGUCGCUGUUACUGGGAGGUCGAGUGGAGAGGAGACGUUUAUAUAUCAGUGAGUUACAGAGGAAUCAGAAGGAGAGGAGACAGUGAAGACUGUUGGUUUGGAUGGAAUGAUCAGUCCUGGAGUCUGUUCUGCUCUGAUGAUGGUUACUAUGUCCGUCACAAUAAGACAGAAACACCCAUCUCCUCCUCCUCCUCCUCCUCCUCCUCCUCCUCCUCUGGUAGAGUAGCAGUGUAUGUGGACUGUCCUGCUGGCUCUCUGUCCUUCUACAGAGUCUCCUCUGACACACUGAUCCACCUCCACACCUUCAACACCACAUUCACUGAACCUCUUUAUCCUGGGUUUUGGGUUCUGGUCAUCUGGUUCCUCAGUGUCUCUGUGUUCUCUGUAGGAGGGAGAGUCUCCUCCUGGUAGAGAAACUUUCUCUCUGCUGACCAGAUAGUUCAGUCUGUACAGGAUCACACACAGCUGAUGUUAGUUAGUACCAACCUGAUCUCUCAGUGGUUGUAAAUGCAGUCUGAGCAGGUGAGGGGUACCUGAGCUGGUCUGGACUCUGGGGGGUUGAGAGCUCUCUGGGACUUGUGGUGUUGCAGAUGGAUGGCUGAAAGAGCUGAGCGAGGUCCAUGUAAUUACCUGAAAUGAUCAGUUGUCUGAGAGAAGGUGUGAAACAUGUUUUACUUUGUGUAUAAAACUGAACUUUGUUGUGUUUGAAACAUUUGUUUGUGUGAAGAAAAACCUACGAAUGUCAAACAAGAGUCUUUCUGGAUCAAAUUCAUCAUCUGUGGGAAAAUAAUCACAACGUGUAAAGAGUUGUUUUGAUUAGAACAAACUAAAUUCAUCAUCUUGUGUCAUUGUGUAACAAAUGAACAAACUUUGAUAAGUGAUGUUGAAAUAAUAAUAAAUCAAAGUUUUGGGAUGAUUCUAGAUAAUAAGCCACAUAAACAUGUCAAAGGAAAAAUGACAAAAUCCAUCACAACACUGUAUAAAAUGAUUGAUUUAUUAAAUAAAGCUUCAUUAUUCACGUUG